GUGUAAAGUAUAAGUUAUGAGAAGGAGAGGGUCAUAUCGGCACGUGGUGGCUGAUUCCUCCGGUUAUUAAACCGUCGAGUCCCCAACCCCUCCCCCAGUUGUUGCAAGCUGUCCCUAAUCGGCCCCCCCAUGUGACCCACCAAACCCUCUCUCUCUUGCCGUUCUAAUAUUUUACAUAAUCUAAAUCAUGCAAAGAAUCUACGCUGUUUUUACUCAUAUAAUUUCAUAUCUAUCUCCUUCUUCUUCCUGCUUUAUAUGCCCUCAAAUCUGCGCUUCAGAGUGUUUUUCGGACUCCCAAGAUUUUGUUUUGAGGCAUUGUUGGGUUGCGUUAGUCUCUGAGUGUCAACCAGUUUCUCUUUUUCUUUAUUUAUCUCUUUGCCAAUUGUUCUUCAGCCUACUUUUAGUGGGGAAUGGCGCAAUUGCCUCCUAAACCCCAUAAUUGGACUUCUUUUCCUCACCAAAGAUUGCCUUCAACCUCCUCUUUUAUGUCUAACAGCCAUCACUCUAAUCAUCCUCUCGCUAACAUUGCCACUAUGACGUUAAAUACUAGCCAAAACAGCAAUCAACCCUCGUGGGUUGAUGAGUUUCUGGACUUCUCCUCCGUCCGCCGCGGCGCCCACCGUCGAUCCAUAAGCGACUCCGUUGCUUUCCUCGACCCCCCGUUGGUCGAAGAAUGCAGAAAUUCUAAUAAUGUCAUGAACAACAUGCCUGAAACCAACUGCUUCGAUCGUCUUGAUGAUGAGCAACUCAUGUCUAUGUUCUCUGACGAUAUAGCAACUAAUGUUCCCCCCACUGCCUCCUCCUCUAAUCCCUCCACGCCUUCCGAUGAAAACAGCAACAAUGAAGAGAAAACAACACAAAUAGAUCAGCAACAGCAGCCCAAGGACGAGCCUAGAGAGGUGGAGAGCUCUUGCAAAACUGAACAGCAACCAACUCAACCUCCUCCCACCUCUAACGGUGACACCAUCAUCGAUCCAAAGCGAGUCAAGAGAAUUCUGGCAAAUCGUCAAUCAGCUCAGAGAUCAAGAGUGAGAAAGUUGCAAUAUAUUUCAGAGCUUGAAAGAAGCGUGACAACAUUGCAGACCGAAGUAUCGGCAUUGUCCCCAAGAGUUGCAUUUUUGGAUCAUCAAAGGUUGAUUCUGAAUGUCGACAACAGUACCUUGAAGCAGCGGAUUGCAGCUUUGGCUCAAGACAAGAUCUUCAAAGAUGCUCAUCAGGCGGCUCUUAAGAAAGAAAUAGAGAGACUAAGGCAAGUUUAUCAUCAACAAAACCUCAAGAAAAUGAACAACAACAACAGCACCAACACCAACACCAACAAUGCUGCAAUGCCGCCACCGCAACAACAACCACCGUCACAGCAGCCGCAGCCGGUGAACACUGACGCCAUGGCGUGUACGAACAAUUAAUGGUCCCAAAAAUGUCGAAAAAAAAAAAAGGAAAAAGGCUGUGGUGCAUAUUCCGCUAGCUGGGCUUUCACGUGAUGUGUUCCCAGUUGUUUUAUCUUUUCAUUAUUGUUUAUUAUUACGUGGGGUCUAUGUAAGAUGAAGAUUAGAGAGGGGACACGUGGAGUUCUGAGUUAGAGCUGUGACGGUAGUUUUGUAACAGUGUUCUGUUUGCUUUUUUUGGGGAGGGGAAAAAUGGUGGGAUUUUUUUUUAAAUUUAUUAAUUUACUGAUUAAUAUGAUUUAUUAUUAUUAUUUUUUUUGUGGGGGAGGGAAGUAAAAUUGUGAUGGAUUUUGGAUGUGAAAAGAAAGGGUGAUUUUUGUUGCAUCCAUUUUCUGCUGUUUAAAUUUCUUUUGUGCUUACUGUGUUGAAUGGCAUUUUGAUAUUUGAUUCUUUGGAAAAAUUGUAUAGAUGUUGGCAAAUAUUAUUGGAAUUCAUUUCCAGUUUGGUCUAAAAAGUUCAUUUGUUUGGUCCAAA